AUGACUCAAGAAUAUUAUGUAGCUAUAUCGCCAUUAUUUGCAAGUCCUGACAAAAUCAAGACAUAUCUCAACGAAAAUGGCAUUUCAGAUAUUAAAAAUAUUAUUCCAGGAAAGGAUAACGUUCAAGUUUAUGUUGGAAGUGAAUCACUUGCUAAGGAAAUACGUGAUAAAAUGAAUGGCAACUUUAUUAAUGGCUCUCUCAUUGAAGCAACGGAACCUGUGUCUGUUGGUGUGGCCGCUGAAACACGUCCUGCACCACAACCAGCACCUCCUGCUCCUUCUUAUCCAAGACAAGAUUCGCAAACAGAUCGCAGCUAUAACAAUUAUAGACCUCAAGAAUCUUAUAAUCAGAGGAGUUAUCCUCAGCGAAAUUAUGAAUCUCGACCAUAUUCUCGCGAUGAUCGUCGUAAAGACUUUUCAAGAGAUGGAAUUCGCCCAUCAAAAGACUCACCUAGCAGAACCAUAUUAAUUUAUGGCUACAGAGCUCCUCUAACUAGAAGAAUGGUUUGGGACGACUUUCGCUCAUUCGGCUAUAUUAAACAGAUAGAAAUUCGCGAAACUACAGCAUAUGUUCAGUUCGAAACACCUGAUGAUGCUCUCAACGCGAUCAAGCAAAUGGAAGCAAAAGAUAAUAUUGUUAGAAAUACUAGAAUUAGCAUAGAAUUAACACAGGAUAGGCCUUUGAACCUCCCAACAUUUGUUAUUCCACUUAUCGUCGAAGACGACAAAAAUUCGGAAUCAUCAAAGUCUUUCAUGUAA